CAGAGCCCUUGAGUCGCGGCCCGCCUCUCUCCAGACACCUCUGCGCGCCCCUACCUCCGAAGUUAUGGCGCCGACGCUCGCACCGCCAAUCAAGGCCGUCCGGCUGGUCACGCCGUACCCGCGGCCAAAGGCGGGGGACACCGACGUGCCCCUCUCCGACGUCCUCAAGCCGGGCAAGCCGGCGGUCCUCCACCUCUUCACCGGGUGAGGCGGGUGCUGGCCGUGCGCCGAGGCCAUGGACCGCUGGGCGGUCAAGUACGGCGACGACGCGACCUUCGUCUGCGUCGGCUGCGCGGGCCCCGAGCUGGCAGAGACCUUUGGCUCGCGGCUGCGGCUCAAGCACUGCGUCAACUCGUACGUCAGCCGGAACAACAUGCCGCGCUGGGGCCAGCUGGGGUGCAACGGCUUCAUCGUGCUCGACGGCAGCCACUCGGUCACGUGCAAGGCCACCGCCCCCUUCCUCGAGGUGGGCGAGACGGCCUUCCAGCACGUCGAGGCGCUGCUGAACGCGAUGCUCGACACGCCCCCCGCGCCCGACGGCAGCGGCCCGCCCGUCGGUGACGCGGAGGAGCGCGAGGCGCUCUGCUCGAGCAGCGACAGCUGACACAAGCCGGCCGAUCGCCGCGCCAAGGCCCAAAAGGCCGACGACGCGCCGGUCGCCACUGUCUCGCCGGCCGCGUCGGUCAAGGUUGCGGCGCUGGACGCCGAGCACGAGCGCUGCGAGGCCGCGCUCAACGCACUGGCCG